ACCUGCCCGACCAGCGCGGCGUAGGGGUUAAUUUUGUUGACGUUUCUUGUCACUUUAUCGCGACUAGGACGUUGACAUCCAUGCCUUUUGCCACGGCCAAACCUCAUCAACCGAUACCAGUGACCAACCCCUGGCUAAAGAGACGGCCGCCAAAAAUGGACCUCAUUCAGACGUUGACCGUUGGCUGCGUCGUGACUACCACCUGGUAGAGGAAGCUAGAUAGUUUGAGCACAAGCACCAGAAACGUCUAUUUAAGGGUAGACAUUGUCCUUCCACGAGUAGCCUUUGGUGUCUCAUGCAUUCACUUCAAACUCUACCCUACGGCUGGCUCUUUGAGUGCGUAUUCAUCUUCGAGCUUUGGAGGUCGGAAUAUCUUGUGGCCCCUCGUCUUCCCCUAUUCAUUCUGGGAAACAAUACCAUCUUCUCAAAUCAUCAGCCGGCCUUACAACCCAGUCUUUCAAAAUACAGCCAUGUCCCGGACAGGACCUGGAGGGUCGUCCUCGGCGCCCUUGAUCGGGCGUCUGCGCGUCUUGACAACACCUGCCGGCUCCAUUGCAGGCCCUUACUCUUCUUCGCCGGAGUACAUCGAGUUGGAUCCGCAGGACCCCGAGUUCAAAACCCUGAAGUUAGCCGUCCACCUUGGUCUUAGCAUGCUGGAAUCAUCCAGGGGCCGACAGCUCAUGGCCGACAUCGGGGUCAACACUGUGAACCACCACCGAGGGCGACGGCAGACCAUUCGCUACACUGAUGAGACGCACAACAUGCCCAAUUAUGUCAGCCGGUUCUUGAGGACCGUUCGGAACGACUUUUUCAACUUAUACCUGACCAACAACAUACGUAAUGCUGGGGGUGUGGCUCAGGCUCAAGUAUGCUUUUUGAGCGGAGAUAUACAUAACUACCACCCUAAACAGGAUGGCCGCAUCAAAAUGAGUAAGACGAUCAUCGAAAACAUGGUAUACGCGGCUCGAGUAGCCCAGGAUCCGAGGCGCCCCCCGGAAUGGCGCCAGAGCGCGCUGAGGAAUUUCAACACCGGCUCGUUCCAAAUGGGCUUUGCGACCGCCCAUGAACUGGUACACAAGUGGGUAGGUUACCUCAUAGGUGACCCUCGGUCGGGUACGCCCGACAACGUUGCUUAUCCUGGCAACGCACCCCCAGAUGGAGGCGAAUCAGGCUGGUUCUGGGAAUCAAGGUUCCUGGGCGGGGGCCUAUUCGAGUGCGUUGAGGACGUAUCAGACCCCCUAGGGCCCCGGCAAGCCGGCAAAAUAUACCUGUCCAGAAUAGAUGUGAACCGAGUGGAAUGGGCUCGGGAACUGGACCCUAACUACAUCCAGCGGAUUCUGAACUUCGACUUUAGUGUCCUUGCAAGGCCUGCUCCAAACUCACCGCCCGCGAUCCCGCGUCGUUACCUCCCGAAGCCGAUGGAGAGAGUUAGGCUUGAGAACAUGCCGACUGGCCUUAUCGUCAUCCACUCCAAUCAGGUGCCGCCCGAGGAGCAGAACGCCAUUAACAGGAUGAGGACGUAUACAGUUUCCGUAUCUGGCCCCGUUAGGCCGUCUCGGGUGGUAUGAUCGGGCUGGCGGGGAUAGGCUUGGGUAUAGCGGGUUGCUGGCGGCGUCUCGGAGUGUAUUUCUAGAUACCUGUUGUUGUGCUUUCUGUUUUGUGGGUUUGCGGGUCUUUUAUUUGUUGUUCGGUUAUCUUGCCAUCAUGAGAACGUCCUUCGUCUUUAUCUUAUCUAGCCGUGG